AUGAGUUAACCUAUUUCUAUUAAUCCUUAAGAAAAAGUGUGGUAUGAUAAGGGAACAGCAUUAGCCGAUUUGAAUCAAUACCAAGAAGCAAUUUAAUGUUUGAAUGAAGCUAUUUCUAUCAAUCCGAAAUAUGAGUAGGCAUUGGUUGCUAAGGGAAAUGCAUUAAGGAGUUUGACCCAAUAUCAAGAUGCAAGUAAAUGUUAUGAUGAAGCAAUUUCUAUAAAUUUUAAAUCUGAUGCUGCAUGGAUUGGCAAGGGAUUGGUAUUAGUAGAAUUGAAUCAUUAUGAAUAAGCAAUUAAAUGUUAUAAUGAAGCAAUAUCCUUUAACCCUUUAUCUGUUAAUGCAUGGAAUAACAAGGGUUAUGCAUUAAAUGAUUUGAAAUAAUGUGAAGAAGCAAUUGAAUGUUACAAUGAAGCAAUAUUUAUUAAUCCUAAAUAUAUUAGUGCUUGGAAUGGCAAAGGUAUUGCAUUAAGAAAUUUGAAAUAAUAUGAAGAAGCAAUAAAAUGUUACAAUGAAGCAAUAUACAUUAACCCUAAAGAUGCUAGUGCAUGGUAGAACAAGGGUAUAACAUUAUAUAAUUUGAAUUAAAAUGAAGAAGCUAUUGAAUGUUACAAUGAAGCAAUAUCUAUUAACCCUAAAUAUGUUGAUGCAUGGAAUAACAAGGGUAUUGCAUUAGAUGAUUUGAAUUAAUAUGAAGAAGCAAUUGAAUGUUACAAUGAAGCAAUAUCUAUUUCCCCUAAAUAUGUUGAUGCAUGGUAUAACAAGGGUAUUACAUUAGGAAAUUUGAAUUAAUAUAAUGAAGCGAUUGAAUGUUACAAUGAAGCAAUAUCUAUUAACCCUAAAUAUGCUGAAGCAUGGAAUUACAAGGGUAUUACAUUAGGAAAUUUGUAAUAAUAUGAAGAAGCAAUUGAAUGUUACAAUGAAGCAAUAUCUAUUAACCCUAAAGUAGAUUAUGUAUGGUUUAACAAGGGUAAUGUAUUAGGAAAUUUGAAUUAAUAUAAUGAAGCAAUUGAAUGUUACAAUGAAGCAAUUUCUAUUAACCCUAAAUAUGCUGAAGCAUGGAAUAACAAGGGCAUUGCAUUAAGAAAUUUGAACUAAUAUGAAGAAGCAUUUAAAUGUUACAAUGAAGCAAUUUCUAUUAACCCUAAAUUUGCUGAAGCAUGGUAUAACAAGGGUUUCACAUUAAAUAAUUUAAAUUAAUUUGAUGAAGCAAUUGAAUGCUUCAAUGAAGCAAUAUCUAUUAACCCUAAAUAUGCUAGUGCAUGGUAUAACAAGGGUAUUACAUUAAGAAAUUUGAACUAAUAUGAAGAAGCAAUUGAAUGUUACAAUGAAGCAAUUUCUAUUAACCCUAAAUAUGCUGAAGCAUGGAAUGACAAGGGCAUUGCAUUAAGAAAUUUGAAUUAAUAUGAAGAAGCAAUUAAAUGUUACAAUGAAGCAAUUUCUAUUAACCCUAAAUUUGCUGAAGCAUGGUAUAACAAGGGUAUCACAUUAAAUAAUUUAAAUUAAUAUGAAGAAGCAAUUAAAUGUUACAAUGAAGCAAUAUCUAUUAACCCUAAAGUAGAUUAUGCAUGGUAUAAUCAAGGGUAAUUCAUUUUUAAAUCUAAAUAUAUAC